AUGCUGUGCACGCGAUCUGACGCGCGGAGCAGCGAGAUGUCAGCCGGACCUGACGCUCUGUUUGCGCCUGGAAAAUGACUGCAGCCGCCGGGGAGCUUUCCAUGAUGGCGAGGAGAUGCCCUGUCACUUUCAAACCGUUCAGGAUCUUUGUAGCUGGGGUCGGCUUCUUCAGCCUCUGCUUUCUAAUGACCUCUCUGGGGGGUCAGUUCUCGACAAAGCGACCCGGAGACCCGCCGUUCACCAUGCGAGCUGAAGUGCUUGGUGGCCAAGAGUCUCGCGGGGUGCUGAGGAAAAUCAGUGAUAUGCUGGAGAUGAUUAUGAAACGAAUGGAUGCGCUGUCCAAACUGGGCAACUCCACCGACACCCACAGGCUGGACGAGCUCAGCUCGGCCCUCGACAGGUUUCAGCCGAUGGGACUGGUGGAGCGGAUCCAGGCCAUCGCCCAGAACAUGUCUGACAUGGCAGUGAGGGUGGAGCAGAUCCUGCAGCGCAGCAUGGCCAACAACAGAGUUCGGGAUGGAGCCUUUGGAUUUUGUGAUAUUCCCAAAGAUCCUCGUUAUCCAGACUGCAGCAGCAAGAUGGAUUGGAUGCGAUCUCGCUGGACCUCUGACCCCUGCUACGCGUUUUACGGCGUUGACGGCUCUGACUGCUCCUUCCUUGUCUACCUGAGUGAGGUGGAGUGGUUCUGCCCCCCACUGGUCUGGAGGAACCAGACUGCUACGCCUACCUUGAAGCCUCUCCCCAAGAAACAGGCUGUGUUCCAGUCUGACAUUGGGACUCUGCUGGAGCAGGUGGGCACCGGGAAGGAGUCUUUGAGCUUCAUGAAGAGGCGAAUGCGCAGGCUGGCAGCACAGUGGGCCUCCGCUGCUCGACGGCUGGAUGACAAACUCCGCAGCCGCUGGAGAGAGCAAAAGAGGAUUCUAGUCCAUGUCGGUUUCCUGACGGAGGAGUCUGGAGAUGUGUUCAGUCCCAAGGUGCUGAAGGGGGGUCCUCUGGGGGAGAUGGUGCAAUGGGCCGACAUUCUCACUGCUCUCCAUGUGCUUGGACAUGAAGUCAAAGUCUCGGUUUCUGUGAAGGAACUGCAUGGGUUUUUGGGUGUCCCUCCCGGAAGAGGAAGUUGCCCCCUGACUGGACCUUUACCCUUUGACCUCAUCUACACCGACUACCAUGGCUUGCAGCAAAUGAAGCAGCACAUGGGUCUUUCUCUAAGAAAGCACAAGUGCCACAUCCGAGUGAUUGACACCUUUGGCACAGAGCCUGCCUACAAUCAUGAGGAGUACGCCACCCGGCACGGCUACAGAACCAACUGGGGCUACUGGAACCUUCACAGCCAGCAGUACAUGACCAUGUUCCCCCACACUCCUGACAACUCCUUUAUGGGCUUCGUGGCAGAGGAGCUGAACGAGACGGAGAAGCUGUUUAUUCAGAGGAACAAAGUCAACAACAUGGCGGUUGUGUACGGCAAAGAUGCCAGCAUGUGGAAGCUUCAAGGUAAAGAGAACGUUUUGGCCAUUCUGAAUCACUACAUGGAGAUCCACGGGACUGUGUACUACGAGACCCAACGCCCUCCAGAGGUCCCUGCUUUUGUCAAGAACCAUGGCCUGCUGCCUCAGCAGGAACUGCAACAGCUUCUUAGAAAAGCCAAGCUCUUCGUUGGAUUUGGCUUCCCUUAUGAAGGCCCCGCCCCGUUGGAGGCAAUAGCCAAUGGCUGCAUUUUUCUUCAACCCAUGUUUAAUCCACCACACAGUUCCCUCAACCAUGAGUUCUUCAGAGGGAAGCCCACCUCCAGGAAGGUGUCCUCCCAGCAUCCAUAUGCCGAGCAGCAUAUAGGCAGACCUCACGUCAUCACCGUCGACUUCAAUAACUCUGAGGAGUUUGACGCAACCAUCCGUGAGGUCAUGAGGAUCGACGUGGAGCCCUUCCUGCCAUACGAGUACAGAUGUGAGGGGAUGCUUGAAAGAGUCCAUGCCUACAUUCAGAAUCAGGAUUUUUGUUCCCCAGAGGUCCCGUUCCCUCCGGUAAACACAUCUUGGGCUCUGCUCAGAGGUCCGUUCACCCCCCUGACUGACUCUAGAGUCCUCAGUUGGGCCUCCAAUGCCAGCUCCUUUUUGUCGUGGCCUCCUCUAUCUGCUCUGCGGCUGCUAUCAUCACUGCAAGGCCAAUCGUGCGUGGAGGCAUGCCAGGCCGAAGGAUUCAUCUGCGAACCUGCCUUGUAUCGUUUCAUCAACAUUAAAGAAGCCUUCAGCGCGCUGGACUUUCAGUGUGACGGAGUGGAGUCGGAGAUGAACCACCUCCUCCCUGCCUUCUCUGCAGAGCACGCUGAAUGCGGUCUGCAGCACGACCCGCUGCUGUUCAGCUGUGCCGGUUCCAGUCCCAAAUACCAGCGCCUUUGCCCCUGCAGGGAUUAUCGCAAAGGACAGGUGGCGCUGUGCAAAGACUGCCUAUGA